AUGGCGAAGAUUAAGGUAACUAACCCCAUUGUGGAGAUGGAUGGUGAUGAACAAACAAGAAUAAUCUGGCAUUUAAUCAGGGACAAGCUGGUGUUGCCCUACCUUGACGUGGACUUGAAAUACUAUGAUCUUUCCGUGGAGUAUCGUGACCAAACAGAUGAUCAAGUAACUGUAGAUUCUGCCACUGCUACUUUAAAAUAUGGGGUGGCCGUCAAAUGCGCGACUAUCACACCCGAUGAGGGAAGGGUCGAGGAAUUCCAUUUGAAAAAAAUGUGGAAAUCGCCCAACGGAACCAUUAGAAACAUUUUGGGCGGUACGGUGUUCAGGGAACCUAUUAUCAUCCCCAGGAUUCCAAGGCUUGUGUCUCAAUGGGAAAAGCCCAUCAUUAUUGGAAGACACGCAUUCGGUGAUCAAUACAAGGCCACGGAUGUAGUAGUUCCUGAAGAAGGCGAAUUGAGACUGGUUUACAAAUCCAAGAGCGGGAAGCAUGAUGUAGAUGUGAAAGUAUUUGACUAUCCUGAACAUGGCGGAGUGGCCAUGAUGAUGUACAAUACCACAAAUUCUAUCGAGGGGUUUGCCAAGGCCUCUUUUGAGUUGGCUAUUGAGAGGAAGUUGCCGUUAUAUUCUACUACCAAAAAUACCAUUUUGAAGAAGUAUGAUGGGAAAUUCAAAGAUGUUUUCGAAGCCAUGUAUGCUGAGAAUUAUAAAGAAAAGUUUGAAUCUCUCGGCAUCUGGUAUGAGCACCGUUUAAUUGACGAUAUGGUGGCCCAGAUGUUGAAAUCGAAAGGCGGGUACAUAAUUGCGAUGAAAAAUUACGACGGUGAUGUUGAAUCGGAUAUUGUCGCACAAGGAUUCGGCUCCUUAGGGUUGAUGACGUCUAUGUUGAUUACCCCAGACGGUAAAACUUUUGAAAGCGAAGCCGCGCAUGGUACGGUAACAAGACACUUUAGGCAACAUCAGCAAGGGAAGGAGACUUCAACAAACUCCAUUGCUUCCAUCUUCGCGUGGACAAGAGGUAUUAUUCAGAGGGGUAAACUGGACAAUACUCCAGAUGUCGUGAAAUUUGGCGAAAUCUUGGAAAGUGCUACAGUAAACACAGUGCAGGAAGACGGAAUCAUGACUAAAGAUUUGGCUCUGAUUCUUGGCAAGACUGAAAGAUCUGCUUAUGUUACUACAGAGGAUUUCAUCGACGCCGUGGAAUCUAGAUUGAAGAAAGAAUUCGAGGUUGCCGCUUUGUAA